AUGACGAAUCUGAAGGUCAAUGUCCAGGAACACUUCAUGAUGAUGCUGCUCCGGUACAUUAAUCUGCGGCUUGAUGUGAAGAGACAGAAGCAGCGACUGCCACUGAAAAGCGAUGCGCGAAACGCUUUCUUUGCUCGUCUUCGCUACUUGAAGUCAAUUUUCCUUUUUGAUAUCGUGCCUGAGUCGCUCGAUGACUUGACUGCUGAAGAGAGUGAACUUCUAGAAGAGAUUUGGUCCCUUAGCAUUCCCCUUUCUGACGACCAGCCACUCGCAUAUUCGGUUGCUGUAGACCCUCUCGCCUUCUUUCCUGCAUACUGCAAACUCUCCCGACUCUAUGAGCAUCACGGAUUUCGACGGUUUAGCGCCAUACCUCUUCGUCGCUCGCUCAUUCAAAGUCACGUGCGAAUCGACACCAUCAUCCUCUACUCUCACCUUCUUUGCAUCACGCGACGAGAAGCGGAAACUGUCGAAAAGGUCGAUUUAUGGUUGCGCGUCUGUAAUCUGCAGAACAAGGCUUUUAGAUCUCGUCGUGGAAUGUGUUUUGAAGGCUCGAUCACGACGGACGGAACCUCGGUGUCAGUUUACUUGAAACAUCCUGAAGCUGACAAGUAUGGAAAGCGCAGCGGCAGAGGGAAAAAGUCAGCAAAGGCUCUAGCAGCUGAGGUGAAGGCGCUGUAUGUGGAAAACAACUUAUCUGCUUGUCAAGAGAACAUUGUCGUUAUCGAUCCAAACAAGCGCGACAUUCUCUACUGCCAAGACAACAAGGGCACCAUCUUCCGUUACACCGCCAAUCAACGCUGCAAGGAGACUGGAAGCCGUCGAUUUGCAAAAGAACGGCAGCGGAUGAAAACCGGCGGCAUUGACCUCAUAGAAUCACGUAUCCCAAGCCACAAGACGAUGAACCUCAUGGACUUUACUCGCUACCUUCUCGUUCGUCGCGCAGAUUCGGAUCGUCGCAAGGAAUUCUACUCCCACCCUGCCCACACACGGUGGAAGUGGCAUGCAUUUAUAAACCGUCAGAAGAGUGAAUCGAACCUCAUAUCCAACUUGCGCAACAAGUUUGGGAACUUUACCAUUAUGAUGGGAGAUUGGAGCGAUGCCGGUAGAACUGCGAGAUUUCAGACCUCAUCCAAGACAAAAGGCUGGCGCACCCUCUUUAAGCGCAACCGCAUUGAUUGUUUUCUUCUUGAUGAACACAAGACCUCAUCUGUUUGCCCUCGCUGUUCAUCCUCUGAGUUUGUCGAGAAAGAAUUCAAAGAACGACCUCAUUCAAGACCUUGGCGCCGUCGCGAAGGCAAGAUGGAAAAAGUCCACGGAUUGCUGGGUUGUACCAACCCUAACUGUUUGCAGCAAGCCUGGACGAUGCGCUACUGGAACCGAGAUAUGCUGGCAACCUGUAAUAUGCUGACAAUCGUGCAAUCAAUGUUGGAUGGACACGGUAGACCAAAAGUGUUCAGCAGGGGUGUUCCAGCCGUAGCGUAG